AUGGUGGCUUCUUCAUCGCCGGCAUGGCUCUUGUCCUCGCCAUCUCACGCUGACUGUGACAAGGCUUUGAGCGCCCUGCGCAUCGCUCAGCCGGCUGCCAUUCUUCUUGUCGCCCUAGCUUCGGUACUUUUGGAUCCUGCCAAAGCAGCACUCAACCACCUUCUGCACCCUCGCCGUUCGGACUACGACCAGCUCCGUGCUGAAGCGGACCAGGACCAUGAACUGGAUCAAGCACCUCAGCCGACACCCGUUGUCGUGCCUGUCCGAUCACGCCGCCGUUUCCUGACCCAGUCUGCACAGCUCUCCUUGGCAGCAACGUUCUUUGUCUCGGGUACCUUGAUUAUACUGCGAGCCGUCAUCCCUCCCAAACAAUGGCAGCCAGACAUCCUUCUCUGGGGUGGCAUCGACAUUCAAGCCGUCGGCGGCCUCCUUGCUUGGGGCUCAGUUGUCAUUGCUGCGCUGUUCGAAGAGAAGGUCAGAGGUCGAGGGAGCUACGGGAGGGGCAAGUCUGCUUGGUCUGUCACAGUAGGUGCCGCAACAGAUAUCUGCUUGCUCGUACUUUACAUGGUCCCCAAGGAACGAAGUGACUUCCCAUCGACCAGCCCGUGGUCCAUUGCCCAGCUCGGCCUCAUCAUCCUUCGUCUGCUUCUUCUUUACCCUCUUCUCAUUCUGGCUUUGUCAUCGGACCGUGUUCGCUUCGUGCGCGCUGCUGACCUCGCCAACGAAGCAGCCACGAAUGCACCUGGAUCUUCCUCGUCUCAGCCGCGCUCGGCUCCCGCCAACGGCGAAUCAACUGGCCUUCUUCAAGCUCCAGGCAUAUCUUCAACGACAUCGUACGGAGCCAUUGGUAGCAGUGCAGCGAAUCGUACCAACAAGUCGGCGGCCGACUCCGGAAGCCAGACUGCUAGCCGUAAUCCGAAUGCAUCGAUGGGUCUCUCGGUUGCUGCUGCACCACCACCGCCUACAUUCAAGACCUUCCUUUACCGCAUUCGUUUCCUCUUCCCUUACCUUUGGCCUUCCAAGUCGGCAACACUGCAACUGACCGCUGUUGCGUGCGUUGCCCUUCUGUUCGCGGCUCGUGUCGUCAACUUCUUCACUCCACUCGCCCUCGGUCGACUCGUCGACGAUCUGUCGAGCGGCGCCUCGCCAUGGGCCGAUGUCGUCAUCUACGCUGGCCUCAAGAUGCUUCAAGGGUCCGGAAGUCUUCUCAGUGUACUGCAGAACAUUCUCUGGGUGCCUGUCGAGCAGUAUUCGGACCGAAUGAUGAGCAUGAUGGCUUUCGAGCACUUGCUCAACCUCAGCAUGUCGUUCCACACCAAGAAGAAGACCGGCGAGGUGCUCCGUAUUCUUGACCGAGGCAGUGCCAUCAACAACUUCUUCCAAUACCUCCUCUUCAGCUUGCUACCCGUUUUCAUUGACAUCUUUGUUGCCAUGAUCUACAUGACUCGGAUCUUCAGCCCUGCCAUUGGCGCGGCGCUCUUCAUCGUUAUGGUCGCGUACACCUGGACCAGUGUUCAGCUCACCACUUGGCGUACUGGCUUGCGACGUGCCAUGAACAACAAAGACUCGAUCUGCCGUGCCAUUUCAGCCGACGUACUCAUGAACUGGGAGACCGUCAAGUGCUACUCGAACGAGUCGUACGAGGCCGAGCGCUUCCGUAGCGCUUUGCAGGAUUACCAGAAGGCCGAGUUCAAGGUGAUCAGCAGCUUGAACAUGCUCAACAUGGUGCAGAACCUCAUCUUGGCCUUCGGUACACUCUUCACGACGUUGCUUGUCGCUGGCAGCGUAGUCCGUGGCGACAUCACCAGCUCGCAAUUCGUCGUCUUCGUCACCUAUCUCCAGCAGGUCUAUCAGCCGCUCUCGAUGCUUGGCACUCUUUAUCGUGUGGUGCAACAGAACCUCGUCGACACAGACAAGCUGAUGACACUGCUCGAGGAAAAGACCGAGGUCAAGGAUGUUCCAGGCGCCAAGGAUCUCGUCGUCACGGACGGUGUCAUUGAGUUUCAGGACGUUCACUUCUCAUACGAUGGCAAGGUGGAAGCACUCAAGGGCUUGAGCUUCAAGAUCGACCGUCACUCGAGCGUUGCUCUUGUCGGCGAGUCAGGUGCCGGCAAGUCCUCUGUGCUUCGUCUGCUGUACCGCUUCUACGAUAUCCAAUCUGGUCGUAUCCUGAUCGAUGGACAGGACAUCCGCAAUGUGACGCAACGCUCGCUUCGACGUGCCAUCGGCGUCGUCCCACAAGAACCCUCACUUUUCAACAACGACAUCCGCACCAACAUCCUCUACGGUGACACCAAAGCCUCGGACGAGGCUGUCGAAGCUGCCGCUCUUGCCGCUCAGAUCCACGACCGCAUCAAGUCAUUCCCUGAAGGAUACAGCACCGUAGUCGGCGAACGUGGUGUUCGCCUGUCUGGUGGUGAGAAGCAGCGAGUUGCGAUUGCACGAACCAUCCUCAAGAACCCUCCUAUCCUGCUGUUGGACGAAGCAACAUCAGCGUUAGACAGUCAAACCGAGCGCCAGCUGCAGUCGGCGCUCAACAACCUCAUGCAAGGACGAUCGAGCUUGACCAUUGCGCAUCGCCUGUCGACCAUCAUCAACUGCGACACCAUCAUUGUCAUGGACGCAGGUCGUGUUGUCGAAGUGGGCUCGCAUGCGGAUCUGAUCGCCAAGGCUGGGUUGUAUAACAAGAUGUGGGAGCAGCAGAUCAAGACGCAAAAGGAACAGGAGGCCGCUGCUGCAGCGCAGGAGGCUUCUUGGGAAGAAAUCAAGGCCAAGGAAGCUGAUGAGGAAACAGCCGCUGAUGCUGGUCACGUUAAGGCACAGCCAGGGAUGCUCGGCGUCGUUCCGCCUGUUGUCACUGGUGAGCCGGAGAACCCAAUCAAGGAUGCCGAAGAAGUCAAGGCCGCGAAGGACGAACCUAAGAAGAACAACACUGCUGACAGUGCUGUCGAGACGAAAGAAAGCAAAGAAGCUGGACCAGCGUCUUCAGUUGCCAACGGCGCCAAUGGCACUGAGGCCGCGCCCAGUCAGUCUGAGGUGGCCGCAGCAGCCGAGCUUGCUAAAAAGACGCAGCCAGACACAACAGCAACAGUGACCAGCGAGGCGAAUGGUAGCAAUGGCAAUGGUCUCCUCAGUCUUGAGACCGCGCAGUCUACGGAAGGCAGUCGAAGCGGGUCCAGCUUGCCUUUGUCACAGGAUCUGGACGAUUCGCCUUCUAGCUCGGACCUUGCCAACAGCGGAACCUUGAGCAAGGACGACAAGAAGAAAGCACAGAAUCGCAAGAAGAACGCCAAGCGCCGCGAGAAGGAGAAGCAGAAGAAGUCGAGCGGGUGA